UUUUAUAUUUUCUCUCCGUUCUUCUCUUUUUUCCCAAUUUGUGAGCCCUCCAAAUCACACUCAAAGUGCCACUCAUUCUGCUGCUACAUGCACUAAGAAGAAGCUGUCCUUUUGUAGCUACUGGGCACUGUAAAACCCUUAGAAAUUUGUAGGCGAGACUUGAAUGCAAUUCAAGAAUUUCUCCCAACUUUUUCUGUGAGGAGAAAACAAGAAACACAGUGUGGUACAGAUUUGCUGCAGUGUAGAAAAACAUGGAGGAAAAAAGUCUGUCAUCGAAAGUAUCGGAUGGGAUUGUUAAACGUAUCAAAUUUGGUUUGGCUACACCACAGGAAAUAUGUAAAUCCUCUAUUAGCGAUUGUCCGAUUACCCAUCCGAGCCUACUUUUAAAUCCUUUCCUUGGUCUGCCUCUCGAAGCUGGCAGAUGUGAAUCCUGUGGUACUGCGGAGCCUGGCCAAUGCGAAGGUCAUUUUGGAUACAUUGAGUUGCCCAUUCCUAUUUAUCACCCUGACCAUGUCAGUGAGUUGAAAAAGAUGUUAAGCCUGCUUUGCUUGAAGUGUUUAAAGAUGAAAAACAGAAAGUUUCAGGUCAAGAAUGCUGGUGUUCUUGAACGAAUGUUGUCCUCAUGUUGUGAGGAUGUCUCACAAGUCUCAGUAUAUGAGGGCAAGACCUCAGAUGGUGCUUCCUAUUUGGAGUUGAAAGUACCAAAAAAUGCUGCAAAGCUUCAAGAGUGGAACUUCUUGGAGAAAUAUGGCUACCGCUACGGUGACGGUUAUUCUCGACCUUUGCUUCCUUCUGAGGUUCUUGCCAUUUUGAGAAGAAUUCGUGAAGAUACGAGAAAAAAGUUAUCAGCUAAAGGCUAUUUCCCACAGGAGGGAUACAUCCUGCAAUACUUACCAGUACCUCCUAACUGUUUGUCUGUUCCUGAUAUAUCUGAUGGGAAUAACAUCAUGUCUUCGGAUCACUCUAUAACAAUGCUCAGGAAGGUGCUGAGGCAGAUUGACAUAAUUAAAAGUUCAAGAUCUGGUACACCUAAUUUUGAGGCUCAUGAGGUGGAGGCAAACGAUUUACAAGCAGCAGUUGUCCAGUAUCUCCAAUUUAGGGGGACAGGCAAGGCAUCCCGUGAUGUUGAUAAACGUUUUGGAAUACACAAGGAAGCAGCUGAUACCACCACUAAAGCCUGGCUAGAGAAGAUGAAGACCUUGUUUAUCAGAAAGGGGUCUGGUUUCUCAUCUCGAAGCGUCAUAACUGGUGACCCAUACAAAGGGGUGGGUGAGAUCGGUUUGCCAUGUGAAAUUGCUCAGAAAAUCACUUUUGAGGAGAGAGUAAGUCAGCACAAUAUGGCAUAUUUACAGAAAUUGGUGGAUGAAAAGCUUUGUUUAACCUAUAAAGACGGGUCAAGUACUUAUUCUUUGAGAGAAGGGUCAAAGGGGCAUACAUUUCUACGACCUGGGCAAAUAGUGCAUAGGAGGAUAAUGGACGGUGAUACUGUUUUCAUUAACAGGCCACCCACAACACAUAAGCACUCCCUCCAAGCCUUAUCAGUGUAUGUCCAUGAUGAUCAUACUGUGAAGAUCAACCCACUUAUGUGCGGCCCCCUUAGCGCUGAUUUUGAUGGGGACUGCAUUCAUUUGUUUUACCCUCAGUCCCUUUCUGCCAAAGCAGAGGUUUUGGAGCUUUUUGCUGUUGGGAAACAGUUGCUGAGUUCUCACACCGGUAACUUCAAUUUGCAGCUUGCCACCGACUCAUUGCUGUCGUUGAAGUUAAUGUUCUCACAUUACUUCUUUGAUAAAGCAGCUGCCCAACAGUUAGCAAUGUUUCUUCCGAUGGCCUUACCUGAUUCUGCUGUUGUAGAUGUUCGUAAAUCUGGUGCCAUGUGGACGACCUUGCAGAUCUUGGGGGCUGCUUUACCGGAUGGCUUUGAUAGUUGUGGGGAGACUCACACAAUUGGGAAAAGUCAGUUCCUUGGAAUAGAUUACCACAGAGACUUGAUUUCGUCAAUUCUGAAUGAUGUUAUCACAUCUAUCUAUUUUAUGAAGGGUCCGAAUGAUGUAUUGAAGUUCUUUAAUUCUUUACAGCCUCUUUUAAUGGAAAAUUUGUGCACAGAAGGUUUUAGUAUUAGUCUCCGAGAUUUCUACAUGACAAAGGCUGUUAGGGAUGGUAUCCAGGAAAGAAUUCAGUGCAUGUCGAAGUUGCUACAUCAUUUGCGGUCAUCCUAUAAUGAAUCCGUAGAAGUACAAUUGGAGCAUCACUUGCGUAAUGAGAAACUUCCAGUUAUUGACUUUGUGCUCAAGUCGUCUGGCAUGGGUGUUCUAAUUGAUUCCAAGAGUGAAUCUGCCUUUAAUAAGGUGGUUCAGCAAAUUGGUUUCUUAGGCUUGCAAAUAUCAGACAGGGGCAAAUUUUACACAAAGACACUGGUGCAUGACAUGGCUCAACUGUUCCAGAAGAAGUAUCCUUCUGUUGGUACUAACCCUUCCGAGGAAUUUGGGUUGGUUAGAAGUUGUCUGUUCUACGGGUUGGACCCUUACCAGGGGAUGAUUCAUUCGAUCUCCAGUAGAGAAGUGAUUGUCCGCUCAACCAGGGGAUUAACAGAACCUGGGACAUUGUUCAAGAAUUUGAUGGCCAUUCUCCGCGAUGUAGUCAUUUGUUAUGACGGGACUGUUAGGAACGUUUCCAGCAACUCAAUUAUUCAGUUCGAAUAUGGGUCUAGCGGUGGGUCAAAUUUACCAAGUGAAUUUUGUGCUGGUGAUCCAGUUGGAGUGUUGGCUGCUACUGCUAUGUCCAAUCCUGCAUACAAGGCAGUUCUGGAUUCAUCUCCAAGCAGUAAUUCCUCCUGGGAGAUGAUGAAGGAGAUACUGCUUUGUGGAGUGAGCUUCAAGAAUGAUGUUUCUGACCGUCGAGUAAUCCUUUAUCUGAAUGAUUGUGGAUGCCGUAGAGGGUACUGCAGAGAAAAAGCGGCAUACGUUGUCAAGAAUCAUUUGAGUAAAGUAUGUCUUAAGGAUGCUGCAGACGAGUUCUUGAUAGAAUACGCAGGCCGACAAGCAGGAUAUGAGAAUUCUGAAACAGGGACAGGCCUCAUUGGUCAUAUUCGUCUCAACCAGGGGCAGCUGGAAAAUUUGGGAAUCAGUGUUCUUGAGGUUCAUGAAAGAUGCCAAGAAAAUAUCAGUUCAUUCCAGAAGAAAAAAAAAAUUGGCAAUCUUUUCAAGAGAAUAGUUUUGUCAGUGAGUGAAUUUUGUUCGUUUUGCCACAAUUCUGGAAGUAAGUGUCUGAAUGCACCAUGUUUGAGGUUCUCUUGGCCAGAUGCGAGUGACGAUCACUUGGAGAGGGUUUCUCAUAUUCUUGCUGAUAUGAUAUGUCCAAUAUUGUUGGAUACAGUUAUCAAAGGUGAUCCAAGGGUUUCAAGUGCAAAUAUAGCAUGGAUUUCUCCUGACACAAUGUCUUGGAUUAGGAGCCCUUCCAAGAGUCAAAGAGGUGAAUUAGCUCUGGAUAUUGUUCUCGAGAAAGAAGCUGUUAAGCAAAGGGGAGAUGCUUGGAGGAUUCUCAUGGAUUCUUGUCUUCCUGUCAUCCAUCUGAUAGACACUACGCGCUCCAUCCCAUAUGCAAUAAAGCAAGUCCAAGAACUGAUUGGAAUUUCUUGUGCUUUUGAGCAAGCUGUUAAGCGCCUAUCAACGUCAGUUACAAUGGUCACAAAGGGUGUUCUCAAAGACCACCUAGUUCUAUUGGCUAAUAGCAUGACAUGCGCAGGAAAUCUGGUUGGUUUCAAUGCUGGUGGAAUAAAAGCAUUAUCUCGAUCAUUAAAUGUGCAGAUACCAUUUACAGAAGCAACUCUAUUUACCCCAAGAAAAUGCUUUGAAAGGGCUGCUGAAAAGUGCCAUGUCGAUUCUUUGUCAAGCAUCGUGGCUUCUUGCUCCUGGGGAAAGCAUGUGGCAGUUGGUACGGGAUCUCGAUUUGAAGUCCUCUUGAACACAAGAAAUGUUGAAUGGAAUAUACCAGAUACACGUGAUGUUUAUAGCUUCCUACACUUGGUGAGGAGCACCUCUGCUCAAGAAGUUGAAGGUACCAGUUGUCUUGGUGCAGAAAUUGAUGAACUAGAGGACGAUGAAGAUAUGGGAUUGUACCUGUCUCCCAAUCGGGACUCUGGUUCUGAAAUGCCCACUUUUGAAGAUAGAGCUGAAUUUGAUUAUAAUGAGAACUUAGAUGAAGGAAAGCCAAGUGGCUCUGCAUGGGAGAAGGCCUCAUCUGGGAGUGUCAAAUCUGGUGGUAGCUGGGACAUGGCUGGCAAAACCCAAAAUGGCGCUGAAGAGGGUGUCAAUCAGUCAGAUUCAUGGUCUGCUUGGGGUAAAAAGGUUGAUGGAAGUAAUCCUCAGCAAUCUGGGGUUACAGAGCAGUCAGAAUCAUGGGGUAAAAAGGGGGAAACAGAUGGUGGUUCUUCUUGGGGGAAAAAGGGGGAAACAGAUGUUGGUUCUUCUUGGGGGAAAAAGGCGGAAAUGGAUGGUGGUUCUUCUUGGGGGAAAAAGGCAGAAACAGAUGGUGGCUCUUCUUGGGGAAAAAAAGGGGAAACAGAUGGUGGUUCUUCUUGGGGAAAAAAAGGGGAAACAGAUGGUGGUUCUUCUUGGGGGAAAAAGGCGGAAAUGGAUGGUGGUUCUUCUUGGGGGAAAAAGGCAGAAACAGAUGGUGGUUCUUCUUGGGGGAAAAAGGCAGAAACAGAUGCUGGUUCUUCUUGGGGAAAAAAAGGGGAAACAGAUGGUGGUUCUUCUUGGGGAAAAAAAGGGGAAACAGAUGGUGGUUCUUCUUGGGGGGAAAAGCCGGAAACAGAUGGUGGUUCUUCUUGGGGGAAAAAGGCGGAAACAGAUGGUGGUUCUUCUUGGGGGAAAAAGGUGGAUAAAGAUGGUGGUUCUUCUUGGGGGAAAAAGGUGGACAAAGAUGGUGCUUCUUGGGGGAAAAAGGUUGAAAGUGAGAAUUUCCCUCAACUAUCUGGGAAAGAAGAGCAGUCAGGAUCUUGGUCCUCAUGGGGGAAACAGGUGGAAAAAGAUGGUGGGUCUUCUUGGGGGAAAAAGGUUGAUGAACCUGAGAAAAAUCUGCACCAGUCUGGGAAUGGAGAGCAGUCAGGUUUUGUAUCCUCAUGGGGGAAGGUGGAAAAAGAUGGUGGGUCUUGGGGUAAAAAGAUUGAGAGUCACCAAUCUGGGAAGGGAGAGGAGUCAGGAUCUUUAUCUUCAUGGGGAAAAAAAGUGGAAACAGAUGGUGGUUCUUCUUGGGGGAAAAAGGUGGAUAAAGACUCUAGUUCAUGGGGGAAAAAGGUGGAUAAAGAUGGUGGUUCUUGGGGGAAAAAGAUUGAAACUGAGAAUACCCCUCAACUAUCUGGGAAAGAAGAGCAGUCAGGAUCUUUGUCCUCAUGGGGGAAAAAGGUGGAAAAAGAUGGUGGGUCUUCUUGGGGGAAAAAGGUUGAUGAACCUGAGAAUAACACGCAGCAAUCUGGGAGUGGAGAGCAGUCAGGAUCUUGGUCCUCAUGGGGGAAGAAGGUGGAAAAAGAUGGUGGUUCUUGGGAUGGGCCCAAACAGUCAAAUUCUGAGUCGUCUUGGGGAAAAGCUCCUAAUGGUGGUGGAUUAGGUUCAGCGACUGCUGAAGGCAAUAAAAGACUUGACCAGUCAGUUAAUGAUUGGAGCUCUAGUGUAAGUAGAGAUGGGCAGUUAAAUGAACCAACACAUGAUGACUCUACAAAAAAUGGUGGUUGGAAUUCUUCAACCGUUGGUGGUUGGAACUCUCAGAAGGUUGGCGUUGAAGAGAGCGAUAAGACACCUCAAUGGGGUCAGCGCAGACGUAAUGCAAAAGGAGAUUUUAAGGAAAAUUCGCGAGGUUGGGGCUCUGCUAGUGGUGGAGAGUGGAAGAACAACCGGCCUGCAAGAUCAGCUGAUGACUCCAAUAGAGGUGGACAUUUUACAGCAACAAGGCAAAAGAUUGAUCUUUUCACAGCAGAGGAACAAGAAAUAAUUUCAGAUGUUGAUCCUAUCAUGCUGAAAGUCAGAAAGAUAAUGCAUGGGACAGUGAACAAUGAUGGUGACCCCUUAUCUGCUGAUGACCAGUCGUAUAUUAUCGACACGGUUCUCAAUUACCAUCCGGAUAAAGCUGUCAAGAUGGGAGCUGGUCUUGAUUAUAUUACGGUCAGUAAACAUACGAACUUCCAGGAUACUAGAUGCUUCUACGUCGUCUCUACUGAUGGUGCCAAGCAAGAUUUCUCCACCCGGAAAUGUCUGGAGAACUUUGUCAGAUCAAAAUAUCCUGAUAAGGCUGAGAGUUUCAAUGAAAAGUACUUCAAGAAGCCGCCUCCACCUCGUGUCCCUAAGAUUGCUUCUCCACCUAAGAUUGCUUCUCCAGCACCAUCAGUUGAUUGAUCUUCUCCUUAGUUUGGAUAGUUGUAUAGUUAACUUGGCCGCCUUGUGUUAACUUAUGGUAAAACAAAAUGUGCAUGUUGACAAUAUGACAGUUAAAAAAGGUUCUUGUGUAUAUAGUUUAGUCCUUUAACUUAUACUAGAAUUUUCAACAAAGUCCCUUUCAAGGCUGUUUUGGCAACUGAGGCUUAGCCCAGAAGAACCUUUGUAAUCCACCACUACUGGCAUUGAUGAUGAUUGAUAUCUUCUUCUUUUUCUCUAUUU